CGAGGGUUUACGGUAAUUGCGUAGCUCAAUAUGUCGGAAGCUUCCUGUUUAUUGUGGGUUUUGACUGCAACUGUCUUAAAUGAAAACUGGGAAGAGAUUUCAAUAAAUUAUUCCUAAUAUUCAAAUUUCUAUAAGACAAGAUGUCGGUCACCGCUUUGCGCCUGAUCCCAUGUCGGAGGCUGAGCUCGACAGGUCCAGGCCUGAAGAAAGUCAUCCCAUGGAAAGCCUUUCGUAUGUCUUCUGGGAAAAUCGCUAAAGUAACUGGAGCCAUUGUACUGGGCGGCUGUGUUUUCAUCACAUACGAGGUCGUCACGCUGAACCAGGCGGUCACCAUCGACACUCAGGCUAUUCUCCAAGAGAAACAGAAGUCGUAUAUCUACCUGACCCCCAUCACUAAGGUAGAACAGGAGACCCUUGGCACCAAUCUUACCUAUAAAGCCAGGAAGGAGCUUCAUAAAGCAGCAAGAAAACUUAUAGAAAUUUCAUCCCGAGUCCUCCACCGUCCCCUGGAUGAGCACCUAAGCCAUCUGGAUGCAGAUCCUCGUGAGUUGGCUCUGUGGAUGUUGCUGAAGAGAACCCGCUCCUCCAGUCGGUCAGAGCGCCUGCAGGCCGUACAGGACCUGGCACAGAGUCACUGGCAGGGUUAUCAGUACCAGACAGCGGCUCAGUCUAUAGACCAGCGCACGGCUAUAGGUCUGGCUCGGACCCCGAACGUAGACCUGCGCUUCUUCCUUUCCCCACCCGUGCUGCCUAAACUGGAGGAUGAAUUUCUAAUAGAGGAUGGUUUGAGGCAGCUGCUGGCCUCUCUGCCCCAGUCAGAGGUGGAUCAGUGUGUGCAGUAUUUCACCUCACUGGCACUGAGAGAGAGCACUCAGUCCCUCGCCUCUCAACGGGGAGGGUUGUGGUGUUUCGGGGGAAAUGGACUGCCCUAUGCCCAGAGCCUCACCUCCAUCCCCUCUGAGAAGGUGGAGUCUUUCUGCCUGCAGGCCCUCGUACAGCACUCAAAGGUCCCGAGUCAUUGUGAUCACAUAGUGGCCAACAGAGGACUGCAGCUUUUACAGAGAGUCUACCAGCUUCGACGGGAUUCGCAGAAGAUUCAGCGCAACAUCGUGCGCAUCAUCGGGAACCUGGCACUGAACGAAAGCUUACACACAGACAUAGUGCAGUCAGGUUGGUUGCCUGUCCUGGCUGAGAUGGCGCGGUCUCCUCACAUCAUACAGGCGUCCCACGCUGCCCGUGCUUUAGCCAACCUGGACCGAGACACAGAGGUGCAGAAGUACCAGGACGGAGUUUAUGUUUUGCAUCCACAGUGUCGCACCAGCCAGCCCAUGAAAGCGGAUGUUCUGUUUGUGCACGGCCUUCUGGGAGCUGCUUUCAAAACAUGGCGACAGAAAGACUGCGAUCUGACAGAAGUUGAAAAAUCUGCAGGAAUACAUGAGGAUUACACCGAGUGCUGGCCUAAGUCGUGGUUAGCAGCCGACUGUCCCAACCUCAGAAUCCUGUCUGUAGAGUACGACACGCAUCUGAGCGACUGGAGGGCCAAGUGUCCCGCUGAAAACCAGAGGAAGUCUUUAGCGUAUCGCAGUGGAGAGCUGCUGAAGAAGCUGAAAGCUGCAGGAGUAGGUGACCGGCCUGUGGUUUGGGUGGCGCACAGUAUGGGAGGCUUGCUGGUGAAAAAGAUGCUCGUAGACGCCUCUAAGGAUCCCGAGCUGAGCUCCUUGGUCAAGAACACAAAGGGCGUGUUGUUCUACAGCGUUCCUCACCGCGGCACCUUCAUGGCCGAGUACUCCGUAAACGUGCGCUAUCUCCUGUUUCCCUCUAUAGAAGUCAGAGAGCUUUGCAAAGACUCUCCAGCUUUACGAGACCUGAACGAGAAUUUCCUCAACAUCGCAAAAGACAAAGAGUUCAAGAUCCUGAGCUUUGCUGAAACUCUGCCCACGUCCGUUGGCCCGAUGAUAAACAUAUUAGUGGUUCCUGCCGUGACAGCAGAUCUCAUCAACCCACAAUCUCCUUGUACCUCUUGCAGAUCUGGGGAUUGGAGAUCUAAUAGAAGUGGCUGUCGAUCAUCUAAACAUCUGCAAACCCGAGAAGAAGGACACGUUUCUCUACAAACGGAGCUUGCAGUUUAUUCAGGAUGCUCUUGGUGGACAGAUAAUCAGCUGAAUGUUUGUGUCAACGUCUUUCUCAUCUCAUCUUCAGGAUUUUUCGGCUCUGGAAAUGAUCCAGGAGUUAACAGGAAGUCAUUUGGAUAUAUCAGAAAAUGCAAAAUGCAUAUUUUUUAAAAAAAAAAACUAACACAUGUGUUGAACAUAGAAGAGUAUCUUUAAACACUUCUCCUACUAAUUGGUUUGGAUUCAUGUUGUACACUGAUACUGUAUGACCACUACACGUAGUCAAUUUCAUUUAAACUCUUUGCCAAUGUCCUGUAACGGUAAUUAUUUAUUUUUACUGACACUUCCUAGCACAUUGUUGCAAUACUAAGAACCAGGUGGAGAAUCACGGUACUACUGCUGACUUCAUGUUUGGUGCCACUACCUCAAAAAUAUACUGAUGGAUUUUAAUUAUACAAACAGUACUUUUGUGUACAUCAGUGUUAGGUGUUUAAAUUAUUAGAGUACGAGUUCUUAAUGAGGAUUUAAGGGUUACAUUUGUGCCAAAAUGUAUCGCCAGCACUUAAGCACAACAAAUAAAGUGGCUGUGUGUCAUCUGAUGGGUUAA